AUGGGCGGCGCGUCGGGUGCGUGCGGAAGCAUCCCGGCGCCCGGGGAGGCCGGAUGCAGCAGCAGGGUCGGCAGCAGCAGCGGCGUCGGCGGCGGCAGCGGCGGUGGCACCGGCUCCGGACAGGGCUGCGAGCAGGCUCACGGGGGCACGUCCUCUCACCCCUCGCGGGACAGCCACGCCAAGUUCCGGCACGGCCUGCUGCAGCUUAUGAUCCACACGAUCGAUCCGCUCCACGACGGCAAGGUGGACGAGAAAGCGACGCAGCUGCACGCGAUAGCGUCGCUGAAGGUGCUGCUGGAUGCCACCCGGCCGCAUAACGGCGCCGCGACGUCGACCGCCGCCCAUUACUCCGGCGCGUCCUCGAAGGAGACGACGCUGCAGCUGCAGCAAGGCUCGCAGGGCACCACCACCACCACGACUACGACGACCACCGCCGGCACCACCGCCGGUAUUCAGGAACUUCCGAACGGCGGUAUCGCCGCCGGUCUCGACGCUGGACUCGAUUCGGCAAACGUAAGGAGGAGGAACAAAAACGUUGCUGCAAACAAUAACGAGGUUGUGUCGUUUGCUGAAAUCGAUCGACCGAUUGCGAAACUAAGUUAUGAAAAAGAUGAUCGGCCAGAGGGAUCUCAUCUCUCUUUUUGUAACAUUUGUUCGCAGGGCGAAGAGGAUGAACCUCCAGAGGCCUUGAACAUGGGCUGGCCAAGCAGCCCGAGAAAAAGGCUAACUUACAUUUUGGUCGCGCCAAUCUUAUUUCCUCUUUGGUUGACGUUACCGGAUACGAGAACACCUAGAGGGAAAAAGUUCUUCCCGGUAACGUUCAUCGGCUCGAUCGUCUGGAUCGCGGCGUACUCGUACCUGAUGGUCUGGUGGGCGAAUGUCGCCGGCGACACAGUGGCCAUACCGCCGGAAGUGAUGGGCCUGACGUUCCUCGCAGCUGGUACCAGCAUACCGGACCUCAUCACGAGCGUCAUCGUGGCGCGAAAGGGAUACGGCGACAUGGCCGUGUCGAGUUCCGUCGGCAGUAACAUCUUCGACGUGACCGUUGGGCUUCCGGUUCCAUGGCUCAUAUACGGUUUAAUCUACGGAAAACCCGUGGAGGUGAACUCGGUGGGCAUGGUGUGCAGCAUAGCAAUACUGUUCUGCAUGCUGCUGUUCGUGAUCAUGAGCAUCGCCUGCUUUAGAUGGAAAAUGAACAGGAGCCUCGGCUUCACCAUGUUCAUCCUCUACUUCGUCUUCGUCACCGUCUCGCUGAUGUUCGAGUACGAGAUUCUGGUCUGCCCGGUGUAGGGCAGCCAGGACAGCGCAGCCGCGGCAGCAGAGGUAUUAAAACCCUGCCCCUCCUGCCCGGAGGGGGGAAAAAUACGUCUGCGAAACGGACGCACACUUACGGGUCUCGUCAUCGUCAUCGUCACCGUCGUCGGCGAGCCUCGGCCGACGAGAGAACUCUUCCCCGCGGUCGCCGCUUCGAGAGGAGGAAAUCGCGCCAGUCACCAUUUUGCGCGCGCGCAAAGGUGACCUGAACAGUACGAACGGCAAUAGCAAGCACCACCACACCGCCACUAUCACCGAUCAUCGGGUCACUGCGGCUUCGCACACGAAGCGGAAUUACGAGGCGUUUUGCUCUAGUCGCGAGAGGUGUACAUAUUGUAUAAAAAUCUUGAAAUACCUGAAACGAAAUACUCGUCUUGUUAAGGAUUAACCGAGCGCGCCACUCCGUUCGAGUGCCGCUACUUUAUUAUUUAAGCAUGGCGAGCGCGUUAGCCGAUCGUGCCAAGGACCAAACUAUAAUUUUAUAUAAUCCUUGGAAGGAUUUUUUGGCACAAACUUGCAAAGACUUACCCCCGCUCUUCUUCUUUUCUCUCCUCCCCCUCGUUUCCUCCCUCUUUCUCGUCCUACUUCUCGUUACUCGACAAGCGGUACUCUAACGCGACGGCAAAUUGCAAGUUGAUCGCGGUACCGUUGUUAAUUCACUUGAAAUUACUAUGAUAAAACUUUACAGAAAGCUAUCUCGUAUAUUCGAUAACGGUCCGCGAGGACGCCUCUAAUUAUAAUCAUGGGAUAUCAUCUCUCAGAUAUCGCUUUAUUCGCGCAUUUAUCGAAGCAUCACGUUUUCCGAGUAUACCUAUAAUAGCAAUAAUAUUAGACUUAAAGGAAAAAACAUAACGCGAUGUUACCAGUGUACAAAACGUUACCGUAGGUCUUCUCGUUUGACUCCUUGGCACGCUCACGUCCGAGUAUUAUACAUAACGUUAUCCCCUGAACAAGUGACCUGACCGCUCGCCGAUUUUUCUCUAAAAAAGCAGGAAUUCUCUUCGCCUCUAAUAUCUAGUAGAAUAGCGUUAUAACUUCUCACUCUGUUGUACUCACGGAAUUCAAACCUGAUGCGGUGCGGUGUUCGGCGUUCCGUUUCGACGACGAGACGGCGUUCGCUCGUGGAUCUCGAGUGCCCAUGUACGUCGGGUGUACAUUUCAGGCGAGUAUUGUGUUGCGUGUGUAUAUAUACUUUUUCUUUACAUACAUUUCCGUACGUUAACCCUUUGAAGCAUACAUUUUUCUAUUAAACCAUUUUUUUGGUGAGACUUUGUAUACAAAGGUUUUGGGGAUCGCUGAUUACGAAUCCGUCAUCGGAGUUCCAUAAUUCAAAAUGGCGGAUUCAAGAUUGAAUUCAAAACUUAAAAGAAUAACGUCAUUCAACGGUAAUUCAACUAUGCAACAUUAUUUAGAUAUUAUUAGAACCCAUGGAAUCUAAAUUCCAGUUGAAAAUUCUUAUAGAACAUAGAAAGUAGCGCGCGCGAAAUAGCGGAUGCAAAAUUUGAUCAUUUCUUAGAAUCUACUCGUUCUUGGCGCUACCCAGAGCUAACGGCGCGGACGUGAUGAGUCCCUAAAUACCGUAAUCAAACGAAAAUGCUGGAAAACUUGAAAACUUAAAAAAUUCACGU